AUGCGUGAUGGAGGCCAAGAGGCUACGGUUGUUGCAAUGCAGCUACUUUUUCGAGAAAUCCCUAGAAAGUUAAAAGCACAAAGGGCGAAUGUUACUCAUACUGACUAUGUACAGGGGGUAGUUGGCAGACCGAUAGCCGCAGCGUGUGUUGCUGACUGUCUACCCAACCCCCCUCGCGAAACCGACCACCACCAGCGACGAAUAUCCCAAAGCCGCCAUCCGGUGGGAUCGUCUGCGUCUUCCGCCGGUUUGCUUAGUGUUAGCGGACAUACAGCGACUAAAUUGGCCAGCAGCGGCACGAGUGAGACACACGCUACGAAGGAUACGGGGAUUUUGUAUGGGAAGUCCACCGGCGCAGGUCUGAACAGCCAGCAAGCGGCACCAUACGGAACAAGCACUGGCGGUUAUUCUUCGUGGAGCUCGUCUGUGAAUACAUCUCUGAACCCUCCAACUUUAUUCCCGCAGCUUCUAAGCACACAUCAGGACGGCAGCAAGACAGGUGGGACCGGCAUCUAUCCUGGACACAGUCCCUCACUCCAACCUAUGCAGACCGGCGGAUCGUGCAGCGCAACACUCCAUGCAGGCCCAAGCCGCGCUUGGGGACUGAAUCCAACUGUUUCAACUGUUGCAAGCCUUCUUUCCGAUUCUCAGAAUGCGCUGCCACCAGGUGAUGCAGACUCAGGCUUCCUCAGCAAGCAUAGCGUAUCGCACUGGUCAGGGAGCGCCGGGCUGGCGACGCACUCGCUGACCAAGACGGCCAAACUGAAUUCCUUAGCCGAAAGUCAAGGGUUUCUGACGACGAGCACCCGGAACGGGCCUUUCUCAGCAUCUUCAAAUAUAAAUACGCGGCUGCUUCCCUGCGUGCCCCCUUUGACCGUCAAGCGCACUGCUCAUGCAGCUCCCCAACCAGAGCCCGUACGAGAGUCAAGGCCAGAAUCGUCGGAGGGUUCUAGUCGCCUGCGCGAACUUUCGUCAUCGACUCUGAAAUUGAGCAGCCUUGGCGAAUCUGUAGACAUGUGCAGACACUAUCCGUCGCCCGCCCUUCGAGCUCCCACUUCCACUUUCUUGACCCAAAUUCGUAAAGGUGUGCCCCACGUGCAACGCUCACUGGGGUCGCCCCUCGCCUCCAGCUGCCUCACAGAAUCUGCCUCCUCAAUGAACCUCCACCGACAAAGCGAGAUGUAUCUUACUCAGUUGAAGGACAGCAGAGACGGGGCAUCGUCGUCUACCUUUGCGCUCCCCACGACUUACACCCCAGCCGAGCGGCUUCUCCUCCUUUCCAGCAAGCGGCACCAUUUGCAACCCAAUGCAGCGCUUGCAGCACCCUCAGCAGCUUGCACCGGCGCGCAGGAGGCCUUCCACUCCCCAGCGGCUGAUUGGGCAGCAGAUCAGGACGACCACGCAAAUAUGGAGAAUAAGCAGCAAAAUUUUCCACGGUUUACGGGGAGCUCUGUGGAAUUUUCCGGCUCCCUUCCAGCGCCUGGCCCAAGGACUGAGCGCGUUAGGGGGUUUGUGGAAUUUUUGAGGGAACUCUACAUGGAUCAAGACCAGAUACCGGCAUCGAGCGUUGUAGAAUGCUUGGCCACGCUUGCCUCGUACGCGCAAGGCCUUCCCGCUCCACAGGGUUCCUCUCUGCCAUGGUGUUGCGUUGCGGAUCGCGAGAUUGCACCGGGUGAAAAGGAUCUUAUUUGCUUAAAGGACCGCGUCGUUGUGAGGCUGCUGAAUACCUUGAUGCGCUCCGCUGUUUUGAGCACUACGCAGCUGUCGGCGACUAACUCUUCCUCCAGGAGGGAGGCCGGUGACCCCACAGGAGGAGGGCUUGGCGCAAGUGUAGGGAGCGAUCCACUGGUCGUCGUGUUGUCCAGCUGUCCAUCUGGUUGGGUGCGUGUUAGUUUGCAGCCGUCAAGCGAGUGCAGUGAAUCGGCGGAAGGCGGAACUCCGUCGCUGAUCCCGUUGGCGGCAUGCAGUUCGGCGGCUCUUUUAGUCUCUGCCAUCGAAACCCUCUCCAGACACCACCACAUGCGUAUGAGUGCAGCGCCUGCGGCGAAGUCGAAUUCCCAUAGAAGUGUGCAUCUCUGCUAUUCCUCGCUACUGCGCUGGCUGUGGGAUGAGGUGAGGGCCAGGCGGCGGGAGGCCCUGCCGUUCGACGUGAGCACUUCCCUCAUUGCCUGCGAAGCCUGCUCUUCGUCCAUUUGCAGCGACGCGGAGUGCGCAGCCGUGUUGCCAAACCCAGGGAGUCUCUCUGAAUGGCUCAGGAACUGUAACUUCGAUUUGGCGCUCUUGCUUCUUCUGGCCCUCGCAUCGCGGCCUGUGCGGCCGGCUCUGACUGUCCAGCUCUUGGAACAAACUUCGGCGCACUUGGGCAAAUGCUCGGCUGUUGGAGUAGCUGCCUGGCUCCGAGCGAGCGCCGUCAUGGGCGUUUCCUCACUGGAAAACCCCGCGAUCUUUGGCCGCGUCCUCAAUGCAGUCGCAGACCUGUUGCCAGAGAUUCCCCUGGGGACUGUUUUGGCCGACGUCUUAUGGGCAAUGACUCUCUGCCGGAUCCCUUCGCGUGAUAUCUUCCUUCAGGCGGCCUCCGGCAUUGGUCGCAACAUGCACAUGUUUGAGCUAGAUGACUUGUGCCUCAUCGCCUGUUGCUACGCGCUGCAGAGCAAGGGCUUUGGUGGCGUCUCUGCAGACAGCCGCGGCUGGUCUUACGGGGGCUACCCCCUUCCUUCCGAGUUUCUUCGACGCCCCACAGGCCUUAAGGCGUACUGCCUGCUGGGGGCCGUAAAAAUAGCUGACACGGGCCCUACGCCUACUCUGGGAUCUACUAACUACACCUUGGAGACUACGCAGCGUGAGGCUAGUGGAAGACGCUUUGAGGAGAACAGGGAGCACAAAGCGCGCUGUCCUAUUAAGGGGACGUGGACUCCUGAGGAGUUGAUUUGUGCAAUUGUGGACACCUGUCAAGGCUCCUACACGCAUAUUGGCCCGCAGUACAGUCGUGUUCUCGACUUCACGCGCAAGAUCAUGGGCAUUACUGCGGGGAAUUCUGCUACUGCAGCUCCCUACCUGCAAGGCGAUCGCAGCAGGGGCUUUCUAGGAAGUGCAGCUGGCUCCUCCUCCGACGGGGAGCCUUCGAAUCGUGCAGAAGUAUUUCAUGACCCCGCAAGCGACCGCUUUGGAUCAGUCGGUACAGAUCGCCUUCCCUCGGAUGAUGCUGGGGUCGCCGCAGUGCACCCUACAGACGAAGUAUCGCGGCUAGCCAGUAGCGCCCUUCGCGCUUCGAUGGCUGGGGCGGCAGCAGUUCGUGCGUCCCCAGAGAUAGCUGAAAAGAGUCUUCAAACGGAAUUCUCUGACAACUUCAGGGCUAUUGCGGGUGAAGAACAAGCCUCUACGCGAGAGUGCGGGGCUGUGCAUCAAGAACCAGGUAGCGAUACUCCGCCAUCCAGUCAAGAAAUAGGUCCCAUGUGGGGUGAUCAGUACGUGCCGGCGCCGGCUAGGCUAUGUGCACUCCAUAACUUUGGAGCUGACGUUCACGCAAAAGGUCCACCUGGGCGCAGGAAGCUCUGCGGGGUUUUCGCUUCCUUCUGUCACACUUUGGCUUUUUGGGAAGGCUGUGUAUCCUUUACAGUCCGCGCAUUCUUUGGCUAUUUGUUCAUCGUUUUCGCACUGUACGUCUUUUCCUUGUCAUAA